ACACUGUGACGCACACACACACACGACCUACAUGUGAAAUUAUAAAGUUAUUGUUGACAGCUUUAAGUGUGAAGUAGCUUGUUGUGUUACUCCUUGGAACUAAGACAUAAACGAAGUUAUUACUGAAAUCAAUACAGAAUUGCUACAGAAUCACUAUUGAAUCAUCUAAACUAAAAUGGAGUGCGUAUUGUAUGAAGUAGCCGUACUGACGCCAUACACAACAAAUAAAAUUUUUCCGACCCUUGGGCGUCGAUGUGAUCAUGACGUUAUCACACAAAAGAACGAUAAUGAUCUCCAUUCGGGUGACACCUCUGAGCCGAAAUGUUCGGGCAACGACAACAAAGGGAGAGAACCACAACGGGAGAAAUGGCAAGAGUUACCCAGCUACAUUAGAAGCAUGGAAGGCUCAGACUACACCAUGAGUACCGUGUCUUCGUUAGCUCUGAGUAGCGACCCUUGUUUGAGUGACGCAUCUUGGGGCAACAGAGAGCUGUGUAGUACCAAAUACGACCACGAUGACUUCGAGGGUAUCAGCUUUAUACCGAUUGCUGAAACGGAUCACAUCCAAGAGUUGACUAAAUCUCUGCCCGGAGACACCGGCAUAGGCGUCUCUUUAAGUAACGUGGGCUUUCAGCUUUGCCAAGAUACAGCAACUCCAAUGUUACAGAAUUUGAUGGCGGAUCUCGUUCGCGAUGCUAGUGCACUCAACCCACUGGAAGAAACUAGUGAAAAUUAUUCUGCCCAAAUAAAUCACUUUGAAUCUGGUUUGGGUCAAGGGACUACGGAAGUGGGUCUGCAUCAUCUAAUACGCAGUGACCAGUCCCUUGAGAGCAAUCCAUUUAUCUCGGCCAUGUCACACUUUUCCGAAGACGAUUAUUUCACAUCGGUGGCAAGUCAUUUUGACCAUGACGACGACAGCUCGUCCGCUUUCAGCAGCUGCAGAGUCUCGAGAGCCUCAAGUCAAUGUGACCUGAAUGAGGCUUCCAAAACACACAUCGACCAACUAAAUCCUGAAGGUACCGCCAAAAGGAUAAGAAAGCUCCUGCCCACUGUUAAAAGUACCACUCCUAUGCCGACAAUGUUUACGCCUCCGCCUGGAAAAGAAGGGAGAAAACUCAACACUUUACUCUCCCUCGACCUCGAAUCAUGCAAGAGUUAUGAGACUUGUUACUCUAGCGGCUACUGCGACAGUCCCACCGCGUCUUCAGUGUUUUCAGAUUUUUCCGAGUUCUCGUGUUUGAAUCCUCUCAGCAAGCCUUUCGUUCCGAGAUCUUGGACUUCCGACGCUGCGACUUGCGAAACAAACUCUACAAACGCCAUGAAGAACCAGACUUUGAACAUCCAUUCUUUAAUACUUGACAGCGGGAUUGAACAGACAAAGCUUAUCGGCUCAAUCCAGAACAAUGUUGAUUCACAAGCUGAAGUGUCAGCAUCCAAAGCACACGAAGCUUUUUCGCAUGUUUGUGAGGACAUUUUAACGGAACAAACUGGUCCUUGCCUAUGCAACAUAUCACAUACUGAUGAAUUUACACCUAUCCAUGAACUCACUUUGUCAACUCUUCCAGAAGGAUGCCGAUCAAUCGAAACUCUAGAAUCCAUCAAAUCUAUUUCUCAGCGAGUUGUUAAAUUGUGUGUUAGAAAGCCAUUCUCGCUAUGUCAUGAAGGCACGCCGAAUCUCACAUCUAACUCGGUUCAACCUGAAGAUCUGGGCAAUGCGUUUGAUCAUUACGGGACGGGUUUUGUGUUUGAUGUUGAUGCCAAGAGCGUGCACAUCAGAACGCACUGCAAAGUUGUAGGCAGCUCAGACGAAGCUUCCCAGACGCAAGUAUAUUUCUCGAUGUUUAUUGGUCAAAAUGUCUUGACGGCGAAGAGCUCUGGGCAGAGUGACGGAUUUGCUCUGAAGCCUCACUCUGAGUGUACAGUGUUUACGUGCAAGACCCCGCCAGAGCUGCGUGAUCAUCUAAUCGCACUGAGAGACGUCCCUGUGCUGACUCGCACCAGCUUAUUUAAUGACUCUUGUUACUUUAGUGACAUCAGCACAGAUUCGAACAUCUCAGACCACGAAGACACCAGUGUCGAGCAGCUUGCGCCCACCACGGCUUCGACCAUCAGUCACGUAGCUUCGGGUAAACAUUUAACAUACGCAGACAUAGUGAGCUGCAAGAAUUCAAAGUCAGUUCAUGAAGGAAUUGACGACAAUGCAAGAAACGGUCAAAAUCACAGCCUGGAGCCAUCUCUUAUAAGUCUCGACCACAUCAAGGAAUCUUCCAACGAAGCCAUGAAGAGUCCCAUCAAUGUUCUACCGUCACUUUCUCCACUGGACCCGCGAGUCCGAAAAGCUUUUGAAAGUGUCCCAGAAACAGCCCCGGGGACUCCUUCUUACCGAGUGGACACGCCGCUGAAUAUAUGUGAACGUGCUCUAGAAUCCUUCAAGACAGGGACGUGCCCUUAUGCAGGCGAAAGAACCUUUGGCAGCAACUCUCACUACACCUACUUUUCAAAUGUAACAGAUGCUUUGUUCCCCUAUUCUGCAAAAGGCAACACGAAUCCAUGGUCCAAUUCAUGGGACUACGAGUAUUUGGUAUACGCACAGAACCACAGAAGAGACUCUUACAAUAUGGCAAAUUCAUGCAACAAGCGACACAACUUUGCCAGUUCCGAUGGUGGAAUCUCUUCUAUUGAACCAAACUGUCACCAAAACAGCACACACACAUCAGACCACUCUACCGGAAGUCAAGAAACGUCGACGGCACACAAGGACUUCGAGAGUAUCUUUCGGGAGCUAACGUCAAGAGAUGCAUUUAUUGCGUCAUGGGACAGAAAUCUUCUCAACUUAGAUGACAACCUAAACCCUCUACCACCAUAUGACCCUUGCUCGAAUUGCCCCCAAUGUACAGAAAUGGACGUUGGGCGGGUCACUGAAAAUGUUGACGAUACACCUCAAGAUUUUCUAGAACAAUUGGUCAGUGACAUUUUGAGGGAAGACGUAGACCACAGUAGGAAGUCAGACGAACCAAAAGUGGGGAACGCGUGUUGCCAAAAGAGUUACUUCCCUAGCCAGCGAACCUCCCACAAUACUGUGGUCCACUUUAAGCCCAGCUACGCUCUUAUCAUUUCUUAUCCUCACGGUGGGCCCAAAAUGGUCUCGUUGGGCCAGUUUUCGCGGCAUCAUCACACUGGAGGGGACCUCUAUGACACUCCUACUUGCAUGGGUUCUUGCGGAGCCCCCGUUUUGGCUCUUUCCGAAGAUCAUUCUGGUCCAAUAGUAACAUACUUAGUACACGGAGGAACCGUUCGACAGAAUGGAAUUUACACAGGAAUCGGAUUUACAUCUUUUAUUUAAACUUGUUUUUAUAUACUGUUUUAUUGCUGUUGUCGUAAAUAGGCCUACUAUAAUUU